CUUAUUAAAAUAAGGUUAAAAUAUCCUUUAAAAUCAGGAUUACAAAAAAAAAAAAAAACAGAAACAAAAAGUUUUUAACUUUCUUUAAACAAAAAAAAACGACCUAGAACUUGAAUGAAGGAUUCAUUAUGACAGCAACAACCGUUACACAACAUCAACAACAACAGCAACAACAACAAUACCAACAACAGCCGUCACAGGAUCAGGAUAAUAUACACAACAACCACGCCACACUUCAAAACAUAGAUACUGGUGGAGGAGGAACGAGCACGAGUUCCACCAGUGGACAUCGCAAAGGUCACAGAAGACAAGAAUCAAUGUAUCAAAUGACGGGACUAUAUUCGGAAACAAAUAGCGGCGAUGACAGCAGCAUCGAUGUGCCUGCCGAUUCGGGCAGUCCAGAGCCAAUUAUGCCACAAAGCAGCAGCAGCUGCAGUGGCAAUAAUAAUAAUAUCAAUAAUGUCGCCGCCGCUCAUUGCAGCAAUGGCGCCUCUACCUCAAACACACACCGCAUCUCCAACAAUCAUCAUCACCAUCAUUCGCACCACAAUAGCGUUACAGAUACGGUGAUCAAAUGCCAUAGUCGUCAGGCGUCCAGUUCGUUAGUGGACAGCCGAAACAGUGGCCAUCAUAAUCAUCAUCCGCCGCCACUAUCGCUGCAUCAGCAACCGUCACACGAUGAUCCAGCCUUUGAUGAUCCAGAUUUACAAAGCCGCGAUUGUGGCAUCCUCAAUUGUCGUCCAUUUGUUAUACAAAAAUUUGCUAGAAUUAAAAUUUUCGUCCUUUUGCUAUCGAUGCUAGUCACUCUGCAACAGGCUUUGAGUUCUGGCUAUAUUAAUUCAGUGAUAACCACUAUCGAGAAGCGUUUCGAUAUACCAUCGAGCUAUUCGGGAUUGAUAGCUUCGAGCUAUGAGAUUGGCAAUGUUAUUACGGUGAUAUUUGUCAGUUAUUUGGGCAGUAGAAGACAUAUACCAGUUUGGAUUGGAAUUGGUGCUGUGAUUAUGGGUAUCGGAUCGUUGGUCUUCAUGGUGCCACAUUUUACUGGCGAAGCAAAUCCUGGCAUCACGCUUGCCAAUCAAACGAGUGAUAAUAUAUGUCGUGGCGUCUCAGUCAGAGAGCAUGAUAUGGGUUUGGGAAGACUUUCGAGUGGAUUGUCAAAUCAACCACUCGCUCCACACACUCUGAGAGAGGAUAAUUGUCUGAAAGUUAAGUCUUCGACAUUUGGGCCAGUUUUGUUGUUUGUUAUUGCCCAAUUGCUGCUGGGAUGUGGUGGCAGUCCAUUAUUUACUCUCGGUACUACUUAUGUGGAUGAUCAUGUGAAGACAGAAAGUUCAUCCAUGUAUAUUGGGUGCAUGUAUAGUAUGGCUGCUUUUGGACCAGUUUUGGGAUUCCUUUUGGGAGCAUAUUUGCUGUCCUUCCAUAUGGAUUCAUUAUCAUCGGCUAUAAUUUCAAUUGAUCCUGGUGAUCGUCGCUGGGUUGGCAUGUGGUGGGGUGGAUUUCUUCUAUGUGGAGUGCUGCUGCUUAUUGUUGCUAUUCCAUUUUUCUCCUUCCCAAAGGUCCUCACCCAUGAAAAGAAAAAAAUCCGCAAAACCUCUGAAAAGCUACUGCCACCAAUCCUGCCAAAUAAUUCAAAUAGUUUGCCCCGCAAACUUGAUGAAAAGCUUAAAAAAGACCUAGGAGAUAAAGCACCCGAAGUUAAACCUCAAGUUGAUACUGGUUAUGGAAAGGAUAUCAAAGAUAUCCCUCAAUCAAUGCUUCGUUUAGUUACCAAUCCGGUCUAUAUCACAACAUGUCUCGGAGCCUGCAUGGAACUUAUGAUUGUCUCCGGAUUCGUCGUUUUUCUACCAAAAUAUCUAGAAACCCAAUUCAGUCUUGGCAAAAGUCAAGCCAGUGUAUUCACUGGAUCAAUUGCCGUUCCCGGAGCAUGCAUUGGCAUCUUUGUGGGUGGUUGUAUUCUAAAACGUUUCCAACUGAAACCCAAAGGUGCCGUUCAGUUUGUUCUCAUAUCGAAUGUGGCUUGUCUGAGUUGUUAUGCUCUGUUAUUCUUUUUGGGUUGUGAGAAUCUCAAAAUGGCCGGUACUACAAUUCCUUAUUAUAACUCAUCGACGCACAGUUCAUUGGAACCAUUUACUGUGAAUCUAACAGCAGCUUGCAAUUUUGGUUGUGAGUGUUUGACAACAGAUGUGGAACCAGUUUGUGGCAAUAAUGGCCUAACAUAUUUUAGUCCCUGCCAUGCAGGGUGUACAGCUUUUUCAUCAAGUUCCAAUUAUACUAAUUGUGCAUGUGUUCAUUCCAAUAUAACCAGCAUUUUUAAUGGACCCGGUGGUAGUCAAGCUCAAGCCUUGAAUGCCUAUGAAAACUUUGCUGAAGUAACUGUGGUACCGGUGGCAACAGCCGGACCAUGUACCACUCCCUGUCGGACUAUCUAUCCAUUUUUGAUAUUGCUCUUCUUUAUGACCUUCAUGGUAGCGUCAACGCAAAUGCCACUGCUUAUGAUUGUCUUGCGUUCGGUGUCCGAAGAGGAACGUUCGUUUGCCCUAGGAAUGCAGUUUGUUAUUUUCCGUUUAUUCGGAUAUAUUCCAGCACCGAUAGUCUUUGGAAAUCUAAUAGAUUCAACGUGUUUGCUAUGGAAGUCAACUUGUGGCGAAAAAGGUGGAAGAUGUUUGAUAUAUGAUAUCGAGAAAUUCCGAUGGAAAUACGUUGGAUUGUGUGCAUUUGUAAAGAUCGUUGCUCUGGCAAUAUUCAUGGUUGAUUGGUGGCUGGUGCGAAGGCGUAAGCAAUUGGACAAGCUGAAACCUCUGAAUACUAACGAAUUAGUUGUUGGAUCGAUCAUCAGUUUGGAUAAACUGUUUGAAGAGAAAUUAGCCGACAAUAAUCAAACCGUGGUGCCUUAUGGAGGUAAUGAACUGAUUAUACCCUCAGAAAUCCUUAGGCAUUCUCGCAACAAUUCCCGCACAAUUCAACUUGAAUCUGGCUAUGACAAAGGACAUAAUUCCCUUCAUCCAUCGGCAGCAAUUCUUCCACAAACUAAAUCGAAAAAACACUUCCGUAGUGCAUCGUGUGAUGUGAAAAUGAUUCGUGGCUAUAACGCCAAGGAUCACAAUGAUGACUACAACAAUACCAAUACAACAAAUAGUAAAUUCCGAAAUCUAAAGAAAUUCCAAACACAUUCCCGAAAUAAUUCCAAUGACCUUAAUUCCACUGAUUUGCGACAAAAACUCACCACCACCUCCACCUCAACAAAUGCCCAUUCCAGAAAUAAUUCCCGUGACGAACCGAAUAUCAAAUUUAUACAAAAUCAAUUACACAAUAGCAAAGACGAUGAUUAUGACGAUGAGGAUAAUUUGACUCCAGGAUGUGGAACAUUUGUGAAGAAACACUCCCGGAAUCAUUCGUAUGAUCAGAUUUAUAUGCCAAAUAAUUUUCGAAUUGAUGUUGAUCUAUUUCGUGGGAGGAAGAGUGUCAAUGUCGUAAAGAAUGUUGAAAAUAAAGUUAAGAAUUCGAAUGAGGGUGCCGCUGGAAGUGGACAUUCACGUAAUAAUUCCAAAGAUUUGAAUAUCAACGACAAACAAUUGUUGGCAGCUGAGGCGGCAUCGUGUAUUUUAAGACAUCGUCGAACUAAUUCUAAGGAUUUGAAUGUUAUCGUUGGGACUGGUGGUCCAGUUGUCGAACAGAAGGAAGGGAAUACAGCUGUCGCUCCUGUUUCAUCAUCAUCAUCGUCACAUGGACGAUCAUCAUCUCAUCAUAAGAUUCAAAUUGAUCAGGAUGAGAAAGUUACUCCUCCUGAUGCAAAUGAUUUAGAUCGUUCGUAGGAACAAUAUGAUUUGUUCCUUACAAAACAAAAUUUUAUUUCCUUAAUUUAAAUUAAAAAAAAAAAGAAUAUAUUUUGAAGGACCCCUGUAGAGAACUGUGUUGAGUGUGUGAAGAUGCAUGUGCAAUGUGUGAAUGAAAAUUUAAAAAAAUAUGUGCACUAGAAAAAUAUAAGAAGAGAAUUGUUAUUAAAAAAAAAUACAAAA